GCAGCUGAAGAAGCAUGUGGACACGAUAAUGGAGAACGAGGCCUUCUUCUGGAAGACGCAGGAUGGCAUAGUGCUCAUGGUGUUUUCGUGUUCCGCCCCGUCCUGCGCCACAUGCAGUCGCUCAUCAACGAGCGCUUCGCCCUCCUCCAGCGCAGCCUCGUGUCGGAGGCGGAGAACAGGGGGGUGUCGGUGCUCAUGAUGGGGUACAUCAGCCACGAGCUGCAGCACCCCCUCGCCUCGCUCUCGCUGCACCUCCACCACGCCGCCGCCGCCAUCGCGCGCCUUGCCCUGCUGCACCCCAAGCCCCCCACCCCCUCUGCCGCCCUCUCCCCCGCCCUCCUCACUCCUGACGCUGCCCUGGGCGGAAGCGGGUUCGACGGGGGAGUGGGGGGGACGGAGGGGGGAGGGUGGGGGGGAGGAGGGGACAAGGAGGAGGAGGCGGGGGCAGGGGCGGCGGAGGCGGUGGGGAAGGCGCGGGUGUGUGGCGAGCUGAUGAGCACGGUGGUGGGCGACGUGGCCAACCUGCGCAACAUUGAGCUCGGCCGCAUGAUGCUGGCUGUGGAGCUCGUUGACGUCCAAGACCUCGUGCAGCAGGUGUGUGGGGGGGUGCUGGGCGGUGCUGAUUGGUGUGUGGGGUCUCAUGCUGGAGGGGUGCUGCUAAGAGGUGCUGCUGGUGAGCCGCCGGUGCUGAGUGUGGUGGCGCCGAGGGUUCCGGAGGGCGUGCAGCUGCGGGUGGACGUGGAUCCGAGCAUUGAGGCGCGCCAACUCGACAAGCACCGCCUGCAGCAGACUGCACAGCUGCUGUCUUCCGCCCCUGCCCGUGCCACUCUCUUUCCCUGCCGUUGCCACUCCCCUGCUCUUUCCACUGUCUUGGCUACGAAAGGAGGAGAGGGGCCCUCCUGUGCUGCCCCCCCCACUCCCUUCCCUUACUCCGUAGCCCUCACACUCGCUCUCCCCCACUCCUCGCUUCCCUCCCCACAGGUGCUGCUGAACCUGGUGGACAACGCGUUCCGCCGCACGAGUGAGGGCGUGGUGGUGGUACGCGUGAAGGAGGGCGCAGCCGCCCACCUGCUGCGGGUGGAGGUGCAGGACUCGGGCGAGGGGCUGAGCGAGGAGGAGCGAGCGCGCAUGCUGGAGCCCGUCAUGGACUCCAGCGGCGUCACCGAGGGCGAGGGGGCCGGCCUGGCGCUCUAUGUGGUCAAGCUGCUUGUCGACCUGCAGGGCGGCACGUUUGGCAUGGAGAGCGAGUCGGGCGGCGACAAUCUGCACUGGGUGGAGCUGCCAGCUGCCUCUGCCGGUCCGCUGCCGCCCACUGGGGUGACCCACGACCGCCCCGCCAUCACAUAG